AGUUUAUAGUUUUAGAGAUUAAAUUGAUUGAAUUUAAAGUUUGGAGAGUUUAAGUAGAAUUAAGUAAAAGUUGAAUGACCAUAACUCAAUUAUCCCAAUUUUGCUUAACACAUGGCAUUGUCCCAACCAAGUUUUUUGGUCUUUGUCGGUGGAAGCUUGGAUAAGCCUCCAAAAGGCUCCCAAAAGGCUCCCAAAAGCCUCAUUUGGUUUUUCUAUGUCUUCCUCUUCCACUUCCAUCCUUUUCUUCCUCCUUUCUCCAACCAAGGUUAAGGUCAUUUUGUUAGAUCAGUAGAUCGAGGUAGCAGCGUCUCAGUUUAGGAGCUCUUGGCACGAGACUCGCAUGUUCGUUGUAUGUCAAAGCUAGGACCUCGUGUUUUCAAUAAGGAGGCAGAUCGAUAUCUUACCAAAACCAUGACCCAGCUUUUGUUUUUCGGAAAGCUUUGGAGAAAAAAUUUGCCUCAUAUAAUUUUUAUGUAAAUUGACUUUAUGUAUAAAACUUUUAAAUUAAU